AUGUCGGAGGCAAGGUCAGAGGAGGUACUUCAGAAUCGACCUGGUAACGUUCUGGAUGCUGGCAAUAUUAGUAGUAAAAGUGGACGGGUACCUCUCGACGGGCACAGUGCAGUACCGCAGUUUUGGAGUUGUCCGUACCGGCGAAAAGCGGCGUCACUGUGCAUAAUGUAUGGAGGUAGUAACAACGAACUUUAUAACAUUAAUAACGAUAGCACGAGUAGUGGUUGA